AUGGGACUCCGAUUCCUCUCAUGGAGCGCGUCUCGCGGUUUCGUUGGCUCUAUUUUGGCGAUCUAUGAGCUUGCUACAUCGCUCAUCCUUCUUCUUCCAUCACGGCGGGCGACGUCAUGGGCUUUCAGAGCUCCCGUCGACUUUUCUGUCCCUCCUGAGCUGUCUGGUGACUCAAUCCUCAACUUGAGCGAAAAUGAAUCAGUCUUGCUAAUACAUACAUCUCUAGCCAACAAGAUGCGCUCCUUCGCGAUCAUCCCCGCCGCUUUGGCUACCUUGGCCGUGGCCAUGCCGCAGGCUGCUCUCAAGCCAUCUGCGAGCCCCCCCGCCGGCUGCUCCACAAGCUACACUGGCAACUUCGGUCUGACCGUUGUCGAGCUCGGAAAGCGAAGCCUCGAUAAGCGUGGCUCCUGCACUGGAACUGGUUCUUUGGACCUCACCCUCAAGGACGGUGUCCUGACCGAUUCCCAGGGCCGCACUGGCUCUAUCGUCGCCAACUACCAAUUCCAGUUUGACGGUCCCGCUCAAGCUGGCGCCAUCUACACCUCUGGCUUCUCCGUCUGCUCCAACGGCUCCCUUGCCCUCGGAGGCUCCACCACCUUCUACAGAUGCCUCUCUGGUGACUUCUACAACUUGUACGACCGUCACUGGGCUGAGCAGUGUUCUCCCAUUCACCUCUCGGCUCUCCCCUGCGGCGCCGAUGCUCCCGUUCCCUCUGGACAGGUUGUUGGUACCACCAUGGUGGUGACCACUCUCGUCACGGUUAUCGGCGACGGUCAGCCUCAGGUUGUCCCGACCACGAUCCCCGUCCCUCUCUGCCAAAUCGGCGAUGGCCAGGUUCAGGGCCACACCACCCCCUGCGGCGAGCUGCCUCCUGUCACUGUGACGCCCUCUGCUCCCGCCAGCCAGCCCCCCUACACUCCCCCGGGAACCCCUGUUGCCCCUCCUGCAACCACCGCGCCGGUCGUCCCGCCGGUCCCCACCACGAAGGUGCCCGUUCCGGUUCCCUCGGUCCCGUCGACGCCCGUCAACAGCACGGCGGUCGUGACCACCCCUGGCACCACGGCUACCACGCCUGCGACCACGACCACACCGGCGGCUCCCCCCGUUGCUGCUGGCCAGAACCUGGCUCCGGCUUCGUUUGUCGCUCUCGUUGCCACUCUGAUGGCAGUCGAAACGGACUUUGUACAAGAGCAGAGGAUGGAUGGGUUUGCAGCACAUCUUCAGCUGGAUGUGACUGGAGAUAAGAUAAGUGCUGCACGGACCUCAGCGCAGACAUCUGGGCCGAACCUCCAAAUUUCUGGCAUGCGCAUCCCAUCUCUUUCGACCAACAUCUCUCUCUACCUUACCUCGACCUGCACACGUACGCACGUACAUCUGACACGUACGCAACGCGGCCAUACAGCCAUGUCAGAAUACUGGAAAUCGACACCAAAGUACUGGUGCAAGCACUGCAGCAUCUUUGUCCGCGACACGAAGCUCGAGCGACAGAAUCACGAGGCGACGGGCAAGCACCAGGGCGCGCUCAAGCGGUUCCUGCGCGACCUUCACCGCGGCCAUGAACAAGAAGAGCGUGAAAAGGACAGGGCGAAGCGCGAGGUGGAGAGGUUGAAGGGGAUAUCGUCCGGCACGCCAUCAUCAUCAUCAUCCUUUUCAAGACCCGGUGGUUCGAGCAGCAGCGGCGGGCCGCCGUCGGCGGAGGCGCAGCGGAAACAGCAGAUGGAACAGCUCGCCGAAAUGGGCGUUUCGAUACCGACGGAGUUUCGGGGCGAUAUGGCGAUGGCGGGGGAGUGGACGGUCACUGCGACAAAGGUUGUCGACGACGAGGAGGCGGCGAGGGAGAGGAACAAGCCUAUUGAGGCUAAGGCUGUUGGGGUGAGGAAGCGGGAGCAGACGGAGGAGGAGAGGGAGGAGGAGGAGGCUGUGAGGGGGUUGUUUAAGAGGCCUAAGAAGUGGGGGAGCACGAGGACGAUGCCGGCUGACGACGAGGAUCUUGAUGCGUUGUUGAGUGGGAAUACGCUGAUGAGGGCUGUGAAGAAGGAGGAAGAGGUGAACAAGGCUGAGGUGGAUGUCAAGACUGAGGUGAAGCAGGAGGGUGAGGGGGAGGAUGCGGCGGGAGCUACGUCUGAUGCGCCGGCUGUUAAGAGUGAGCCGGUGGAGGACGAGGCUGGGAAGGGCUUGGACGUGCCGGCCUUGGGAGAGGACGGCGUCAAGAAGGAGGAUGAGGCUGCGGAAUCCACGGAGUCCGCGGCGCCGGCGGUAGUGUUCAAGAAGCGUAAGCCCAAGAACAUGCGACAAAAAUGA